UCUCCGUUCGGUGGAUACACCAAUCUGUUGCUAUCUAACGGAGAUGGGGCGGGGACGAUGCCGUCCGGCAGCAUCGGAGGCGGCGCGCCGGCGACCAUGCCGACGGAUUUAGAAGUCCUCCGCCGCACCUCUGGGUUGGAGUUCUUUGAGGAAGUGCAGUUAGGAGACAUUUGGAGCACACAGAGUGUGAAUCAACCUGCAAGUGUACCAAUUCAUGGUCUGGAUGGCCAAUGUGAUGACUUUCUUGACGAGGGAUGUGGAGAUGAUGUAGUGGACAGCGAGUCUGAUCAUUAUGAUGAAUUGCUUGUACGUUGUGAAGGUGAUACUGAUGUUGAGGAAUUGUACCCAACUCGAGCUGAGGCUGUAGUACAGGAUGUCAUGUCUAAGGCCGAGAUGAUGAAGGAAGCUAGAGUAAAGAAAGCCAAGCAUAAGGCAGAGAAGUCAAGGGCUGCUAAGAGAAGGGCAUUAGAAGGAGAUGUAGAGGAAGAAGGCAUGACAUUUGGUGAUCAAGUGAGUGAUGACUGCAAGGAGCUAACUGAUUCUAGUGAUGACGAUCAAGUUGUAGAUGGUAAUGACAUUUCGUUGAUAACCAAGAAGAGGAGCAGAUCUAAGAAGGCUUUCAAGAGAGCUUAUUAUGAUGAAGCAAGGGAUGGGAACAAUAACAUGUUUCCUCUUGCCUUUGGAAUAGUAGGAAAGGAGGAGACAUCAACAUGGUGUUGGUUUCUACUACAAUUGAGAUAUGCUCUAGGUGGUAGCGGAAAUAGGUAUGGAUCUUUCACUAUCAUGUCUGACCGUCAAAAGGGUCUGUUGAAUGCGGUAAAGCAAGUAUUUCCCGAGUGUCACACAUGCCUACAUCUCCCGCUGCGCCGCCACACCAACAACAUGUUCGUGGUGCAUGGACUGGAAGAGGACGAGCAAGGCAUAGUGACCAUUAUAUGA